UCACUUGUAGGGAUGUCAGUUGAAGUGAAUCUGCCAGACAAAACAUCACUGACAAACCACGACAUGGAAAACAAGGAAAAUGCAGAUGGUUCUGCAUGGAACCAAGUGGGUUGUGGCCUGGAGAAAAGUUCAGUGUCUCCGUCAUCCUUGAAUUCCUCUGGUAUCCUAAGGCAAACUACUAGAGGUAUAAACGGUGGCCCUGACACUAUUACAACUGCUGCUGUUUCCAAAGUUGAGCCUGCUGAAAUGAAGAACCCACGCAUGUCGUUCAGUCACACCUUCUUACUGAAGAAAAGUGCAAAAGAAAAGCAAUUGAAAACAGCCACACAGAAUUCUAAUGCACCCCUUCCAGAGAAGCGUGUGCUUGGCUCCUAUCGUGGCAAGAUCGUUUCGUCGAAGAUAAACUCAUUCAGAAAAUCGUCAGAGAAUGAGGAAAGAAAGAACUCUUUGGCUGCUCCUGCUAAGCUAGUGGCAAAGACUGAACCCACAAGGGACAGAGUCACGAACACAAUCGGUGCUUCUAAAUCAAUAGAUAUUCCAUCGCUUCAAACCAAGUCUCCUGUUAAGGUAUCGGUUUUCAAGCCCAAGCCAAUAGUGAACCACGACAAACAAUCCAUCAAGACAUCAUUGGUGAAUAAAGUGGCUAUCUCAAAAAAGCCCAAUAAGAAUUUGAUGCCAGUGUUAAAAGCAGUGCCGUGUAAUGCUGCUAAGUCUGAACAAAGACCAAAGAAGGCAGUUCCAACAACAGGAGCUUUGUCAGUCUCCGUUUCUGGAAGGAGUGGUGUUAAGCAUGUGUCAGCUUCAAAAACAGUUGGCAACAGGAAAAAUACUCUGCUCCCAUCUGCAGAAGCCAGAAGGUGUCAACUGGCUGAAUGGCAAGCAUCUAAAGGGAAAGCGUUGAAGAAGCCACCUCCUUUACCAACAGAUGCCCGCCCAGUGAUAGAGGCCCAACAAACUGUAAGAGAGUCCUUCUGGGCUGCCAUAGUCGAGGAAGAUGAGCAGCAAUUAUUCAGUGAUAAUGUCAAUAAAACCCUCACGGAAUGUCUGUACUUAAUCGAGAAGGGUUGCUCAGCUGAUAAAAUACAUGCCACUUUGGAAGAGCUGAUACGGAGCAUUCCAGAUGUGAAAAAACUUGCCAAGUAUUGGGUAUGCCGAAUGCGUCUUGAACAACUGGGCACUCUUGAAAAGGUCAUGGCUGUGUAUGAGGAAGCAAUUUUGGCAGGAGCACAGCCUAAGGAUGAGCUACGUAAUACAUUAACAGCUGUCAUGAAGGAUAUAAAAAAUCUACCGAGCUCUGAUGGGGAAUGCAACAAGGAAGAAAUUGUUCUAAGUUGCACUGUAGAAGCAAAUUUGGAUGAGAAGGUGGAAGUCCAGCCAAACAGCAAGGUGAAACCUAACAACGAAGAGACUUCUGCGAAAGCCGAAGCAUGUUUGAAGCCUGAACAGGAGAGCUUUCUGGGUGACGAAAAGCUCAGCAUUAAAGAGUCAAACCAGACGCCUGCAGGGUGUAAAAAAGAGCAGAAUGUUAGCGAAACACUGAAAAAUGGAAUCUUUAAAACCCCAGAAAAUGACAACGCGGGAUCAUACUUGAUCAAGUAUAAUGUAUCAACUACUCCCUCCUUGAACAGUAUGACGAAAAAGCUGCAGUGUGAGAAUAGCAGUUCUGCUGUUAAAGAUCUAAAACUUCUAACCCCGGUGAGACGUUCUCGGCGCCUACAAGGGAAGGUGUGCAAGUUACCGAACAUGUUGAAAGAUCACAAUCCCUGUGUUUCUUCGCUGGAACAGCUUGGAGAACUGGGAGGGGAAGCCAUCGCCUUCGUCUACAGACCAAACAGUGCACUAAACCAAGUCUUGGAAGGGCAAGACAAAAUGUGA